AUGUGUUCCUUAAAGAUUUUCCUGACGUUGAUUGGACUCGGAUACAUCCAAAUUACGGAGGCGGCGUAUUUGAAAUGUUUUAAAAGAACGAUGGGGAACGUUCAAACGACGCCGCUUGAGAUGCCUUUGCCUCUGAUGGUUAACGCGUCGUGUAUCGACCCAGCUCUCGACACGGUCGUGUAUAUUAAUGGCUUCAACGGUAACGUGAACACGCCUGACGCCAUCGGCAUUAUCACCGCUUACUUGUCCUUGAACACUUGUAACGUGCUCUACUUGGAUUGGGCGGAAGAGGCUAGUGACGGAAACCUGGGCAUGGUUCUCGGCUACUUGCGCGCCGUGCCUAACGUAAAGAAGGUGGGCAACCAGCUUGGCGCUUCCUUGCUUAUUCUGGCUGACGCUGGUCUUGACUUGGACAAACUGCACCUGGUGGGUCUCUCCCUAGGUGCACAAGUUAGUGGUGUAGCGGGUGAAAUCGCCUCUCGUGACGGGAAGCCGAAAAUUGGACGUAUUACAGGUCUCGACCCUGCAGGCCCCCUCUUUAGAGGAAGCAUUUUAUUUAAGAAUAAAUUGACCACGGAUUCCGGCAAAUUCGUUGACGUGUUACACACCGAUCCAGGCGGUUAUGGCAUCCAUAAACCCAUUGGUACAGUUGACGUCUGGAUAAACUAUCACACCCUUAAAGUCGUACAACCCGGUUGUCCUGCCAUAAGUUUUUCGCAAAUAUUCUGUAGCCAUGAACGUUCCGCGGCAAUUUUCCAAGAGUCUAUUUUGAAUAGGGCAUCUUUCCUGGGUUCCGGCCAAGCAAACUAUUUCGCCUGGAUACAAAACAAAGGCACCACCGCUCAAGUGGAAAUAAUAGGAGAAUAUAUUUCGCUUAGCGCACGGGGUAACUACUACCUCGUAACCAAUGCUCAUUCUCCAUACGGCAAAGGCAGAGAUGGUUUAGCGCCCAAUUUGAAGGGUUUUCUUGGC